AUGUCUGGAAAAAAAAUGGAUUUAUUUAUUAAAGUGUUUGAUUCCUUUGUAUUGUUAUCCUGCACAAUUUUUACUGUUUUCAUUUUCCAAACAAUUGCAAUUUAUAUCCAACCGAAUGGUAAUUUAUUGGGUGAACUUAAAUUUACAAAACCGUGUCCCGAAAAGGAUUAUCGGUUUCAUAAUGCUACAGGGAACUUUUUAUGUGUGGUACCAACGGCAAAAAGAUGCUUUGAAUUAUGUCAAAAAUUAGGCUGUACUGAAUGGUAUUAUAUGAGUUUUAUUCCAUCAGGCAGUAAGGAGAUUAAACGACAUCAUCGUUGCCGUUGCUUUCCUGAAUACCGAAUGUGUUUCUAUAAUGCUGUACCAAGACGAUAUCGUGAUUUUGACUGA